AUGUCCACAGAAACGGCGCCCGCUCCUGCGGUCGCAAGCCCCGCGGCGAACCAAGAGCGCAAGCCCAUCCACACCCUCGUCCUCGAUACCGGUCCGUUGAUCAAGAACGACCCUCCCGUGAGCACUCUUCUCGCCCAGGCCGACGAACUGUUCAUGCUCCCCUCCAUCAUCGACGAAAUUCGCGACGUCAACACCCGCACCCGCGUCCAGACUACCCUCAUGCCCUUCGUCAAGCUGCGCAACCCGCGUCCCGACAGCAUCAAGUUCGUUACCAACUUUGCGCGCCGCACUGGAGAUCUCGAAGUCCUCAGCAGACCCGAUUUGCACCUGCUUGCUCUUACCUACGAACUCGAUGUCGAGAAGAAUGGUGGCGACUCUAGACUCCGCAAGGACCCCAAUCAGCGUGUCCCCAACACUUCUAGGUCAGCCACCAGCGAUGCUGCCGAGGGUAAGCCUACCCAAGAGGUGCCCUCAGUCGAAGGCAAGACAGUCGAAGGCGAGACAGUCGAAGGCGAGACAGUCGAAGGCGAGACAGUCGAAGGCGAGACAGUCGAAGGCGAGACAGUCGAAGGCGAGACAGUCGAAGGCGAGACUUCUACGGAGGUGAAAGAGGAUGCAGACAGCACCGAGACUGAGGCGACGGCAAGCGACGAGGCAACGCAAGCUCCGCGUGCGAAUGCGACGGACAUCACACAAGAGAUGGAGAACCUUGAGGUUCAGGAGGACAAGCCAACCGAGAAGGAAUCUGCGGUCGAAGAGAACACCGCCGAAGCAGUCGUCGCAAAGGAAGACGUGUCGGACGACGAGGACGGCUGGAUCACGCCGUCCAACGUCAAGAAGCACAAGGAGAAGGACAGCAAGAGGCUUCAACCGACGGAGCCGGCAGUCGACGUCAAGGUGGGCAUUCUCACCUCUGACUACGCCAUGCAGAACGUCGCCCUGAGAAUCGGGCUGAACCUGCUGUCGCCUGCCAUGUCGCGCAUUACACAGCUCAAGACCUGGGUUCUGCGUUGCCACGGCUGCUUUCAGGUCUGUAAAAAGAUGGAUAAGCAGUUUUGCCCCAGCUGCGGACAAGCGACGCUCACGCGAACCUCGUGCACCACCGAGGAGGACGGCUCCUUCAAGAUCCAUCUGAAGCGCAACUUCCAGUGGAACAACAGAGGCAAUGUCUUCAGUAUUCCCAAGCCGGUCGCUGGAACCUCCAGCGGCAAGCUGGCGAAACACGCCGGCGGCAAGAACAACUGGGGCACCAACCUCAUCUUUGCGGAGGACCAGAGGGAGUACGAGAAGGCUGUUGGUGAAAAUCGUCGCGCCCGUCGUAGGGACCUCAUGGACGAGGAUUACCUACCGAGCAUCCUGACAGGUGAUCGUACUAGCAACAACGGAAAGGUGCGGUUGGGUCCUGGAAGAAACGUGAACGGGCGCAAGAAGAGGUAG